UUCGCCCUGAGCGGCUCCAGGACUCCGCCCUCGAACCCCGCCCCUCUGCGGGCCAGCCCUCAGGUUCCAGUAAAGAUCCCCCUGUGCUGGCCACCUUGUGGUGCUCUCUGCUGGGUCUCCACCCUCAUUCGGCUUCCUCGGCGACUUCGCACCUCAAGACAUGGCUGCCCAGUGUGUCACGAAGGUGGAACUAAAUGUUUCCUGUGACAACCUUUUGGAUAAAGAUGUAACAUCAAAGUCGGACCCUUUAUGUGUGCUGUUUAUGAACACAAGUGGUCAACAGUGGUAUGAGGUUGAACGGACAGAAAGGAUUAAGAAUUCUUUGAGCCCAAAAUUUUCUAAGACAUUUAUUAUUGAUUACUACUUUGAAGUUGUUCAGAAAUUGAAAUUUGGAAUUUACGACAUUGACAACAAAACUAUAGAGCUGAGUGAUGAUGACUUCUUAGGAGAAUUUGAAGUUACUCUUGGACAAAUUGUUUCCAGUAAGAAGUUAACUCGACCACUGGUGCUCAGAAAUGGCAGACCUGCAGGGAAGGGGAGUAUUACGAUUUCAGCAGAAGAAAUCAAGGAUAACAGAGUGGUCUUGUUUGAAAUGGAAGCCAGAAAACUGGAUAAUAAGGAUCUGUUUGGAAAGUCAGAUCCAUACUUGGAGUUUCACAAGCAGACCUCAGAUGGCCACUGGCUGAUGGUUCACCGAACAGAGGUUAUCAAAAACAACCUGAAUCCUGUGUGGAAGCCUUUUAAAAUCUCUCUUAACUCUCUGUGCUAUGGAGAUAUGGACAAAACCAUUAAGGUAGAAUGUUAUGAUUAUGACAAUGAUGGAUCACAUGAUCUUAUUGGAACAUUUCAAACCACCAUGACAAAACUCAAAGAAGCCUCCAGAAACUCACCUGUUGAAUAUGAAUGUAUAAAUGAGAAAAAGAGACAAAAGAAAAAAAGCUACAAGAAUUCAGGUGUUAUCAGUGUAAAGCACUGUGAGAUUACUGUAGAAUGCACAUUUCUUGACUACAUCAUGGGAGGGUGCCAGCUGAAUUUUACUGUGGGAGUGGACUUCACCGGCUCCAAUGGUGACCCCAGUUCUUCAGAUUCCCUGCACUACAUCAGCCCUAAUGGUGUCAAUGAGUAUCUGACUGCCAUCUGGUCUGUGGGAUUGGUAGUUCAAGAUUAUGAUGCUGACAAGAUGUUUCCAGCUUUCGGCUUUGGAGCUCAGGUGCCUCCUCAGUGGCAGGUGUCUCAUGAAUUUCCAAUGAACUUUAACCCAUCUAAUCCCUACUGCAAUGGAAUCCAAGGCAUUAUAGAGGCUUAUCGGACCUGUCUUCCUCAAAUAAAACUCUAUGGACCAACUAAUUUUUCUCCAAUUAUAAAUCACGUGGCCAGGUUUGCAGCUGCAGCCACACAGCAGCAGACAGCAUCUCAAUACUUUGUGCUCUUGAUCAUCACUGAUGGUGUCAUCACAGACCUUGAUGAAACCAGACAUGCUAUCGUCAACGCUUCCAAGCUGCCCAUGUCUAUCAUCAUUGUGGGAGUUGGGGGAGCUGACUUCAGUGCCAUGGAGUUUCUGGAUGGUGAUGGGGGAAGUCUCCGCUCCCCAUCAGGAGAGGUGGCCAUAAGAGAUAUUGUUCAGUUCGUGCCUUUCAGACAGUUCCAGAAUGCUCCAAAAGAAGCACUUGCUCAGUGUGUCUUGGCAGAGAUUCCCCAGCAGGUGGUGGGCUACUUCAACACAUACAAACUCCUUCCUCCCAAAAACCCAGCUGCGAAAUAGAAGGAGCCAGGAAAACUCCAGGAUUCAUAAGCUGUGUGAAGCAAUGCCAUCUCUUAUGCAGAAUGAUAUAUCUACUUAUAUGCUUUUCACUUCUAGUGUUCCUCAUAUAAACCCAAAUUUUUAUAUGUGUUUUAUCUGUUUAAAGCAUACAUUUUAUACUUUUUGAAGAGAGGACAAUAGCAAGUCCAUCUCUGAUCAAUAAAUUGAGUGAUUGUUAGUGAUUUAUAGAAAUUUUAAGAGUGCUAUUUGGAAUUGAAUUAAUGUGGGAAAAGUGGGAAAGUGUUGGUUUGUUGUCUACUUUCUAUAAUGAAAAUUCCAUUUUUAAAUGUUGUCAGAGUGAAUGAGUAAUUAUAGGAUAAUGUGGUUUGCAGGUUACUAAACUGUUUAUAGUAAAUAUUUUGUAAGUCAAGUUCUGUAUUUAUGACUGAGAGGGCUCCUUAAGGCAAGUAGUACUGAAUUUGUACCUGUAACUCUAUAUUUGUCCCUUUUUAUGUUUCAAUGAUGCAUUAUACAAAACUGUUUUCACAUGGAUCUUCAAGAAAAAAAAGGGGCUUGCUCAGUUUUAAAACUGUACAAUCAACUAGUAGAAUGAUUUUUGUAGACAAGACAGCUUUGCCUUUUGAAAUCUCUUCACUGUAAGCUAUUUUCACACAGCAUGGUCAGAUUUGGCUUUUCUUUCACUGAGUAAACAAGACACCUGAGCUUCUGUGGAAGUACAAAUGAUAGGUCAUCCCUACAUAACUAGGUCAUUAUAAGCUGACUAAGUGACUGGGAUGGCUUUGUCCAUUAAAGUUGUAAGGGACAAACAUAUAAGAUGAAAAUUCAUAAUUGUUGGCUAGGCAUGGUAGCACAUCAUCCCAGUGCUUGGGAGACAGGCAAGAGGACUAUCAGAAGCCAACCUGCCUACAUAGAGAGUUCCAGGCCAGCCAGCUAUACAGUUAGAGUGCAUUUCAAAACAACAAAGAAAAAUAAAUGAGAAUCCAUUUCUUCUAUCAUAAUUAGGAGAGGUCAUUUUUAUUCUUUUCUUGCUAUGGUCCUGUGAAUUGAUUUGUAUAGCUUUUUUUUUUUUUAAGUAUUUUUGGCUUUAAAAAUGAUAUUUUUGUUUUCUUUAAACAUGAAUUAUUUAUUAAUCAAAAUUCCAUUUUCAUUUCAAGAAUGUACUUUUUCCUAAGUCCAGAAUGUAUUGUGUUAAGCAUAAAAUCUGAAAGUACAUUUAAAAAGAAAAACAGUACACAGAAGCAAUACCCUUUUCUAACUGCUACAUUUAGAUAGUGUGGAUUUAAUAUGCUUGCUUUGAAGAAUAGGAAACAUGCUGCUUCUUGACCACCAUAUUUUUGGAAUAGGUUCUGUAACAUCUGCCUGAAACUCUAGAUGUCAAAUACUUUGCCUGUCUGUGCAGUGGCCAAUCAUCACUAAUAAUUUAACGUUUAGAAUUUUGUAUUUGUCACAUAUUCUAAAGUGGAUGCCCAGCACCAGUCAGCAUUCCUGUCAGUGUUACUGAGUCCCUCUGUUGCUGCUUGUGUGUUCUCUGUAGGCUUCUCAGAAAAAAGCUAGUCAGUGUAGUAAGUAAUUCAUACUACAUAAAGUAGCCUGAGUUGAGCUGAGAUAUUUAGGCAGUGUUUAUUGGUGUUGCAUGGCAUGGUGGCUAUGUAGUGUGGAUUGCACUCUGUGUGUCCUCAGAACCAAGGCUGUAGUGAAGUUGAGUGAUAUAAUAUGGGUAAGCCCCACCAGAAACACUUAAGAUUCAUUACACAGUUAGUUUUGAAUUCAUUACUGCCAUUGUGCAUUAGACAUAGAAACCUUUUAUUGGUGUCAUGUUUUUCAGUCAGUUACAUGACUGCUUAUGGGGCCAUGGUUCACAGCUCAAGAAUCUGGGUUCCAUAGCAUGACUCAUUGGUAACAGUUAGUUAUCAAUAGAGGACGCCAAUACAGAUUUUUUUUCAUUUUCCUCUUUGAAACCAUUAUUUUUUUUCCCAUGUCUCAGUUCUCUGUGCUUGGGAAGAUGUCACAGUGGUUUUCAGAACUUUUCUUUGGCAUGCAGAGGGAGCCAGCACAGAAAUGGCUUACAGAUACUCCUUGUAGGUUAAGGGGCAGCAAAGGGGCUUCUCUGGCUCUGAAGCAGGGCUCACUGGCCUUGCUCAGUCACCGAGGGUACUGGGAACUUCAGGCCCUUCGUGUUUUCAUCAGGCCUCUGGCAGCCGUCUCCUGCCAUUUGGUCUUUUAACAACAGUUUUAUAUUCUGGUUUACCAGAGUUAUUUCCUUUAAAAUAGUCUUUCUUUAAAUGACACAACUUAAUCAGGUUUUUAUAGAUAUGUUAUUUAUGAGCUGUGACUCUGGAAGAUUAAUCCAUACGUUACUUGCAGUUUGAAAUAAGAGCAUUUACAACUUCUAAAUUGUCAUUUUAUAGAACUCUUAGUUUCAGCAUUCAACUUCAUUCCAGGCUAUUUUAUAUCAUUUUGUAUUCAAAUAUUUAUUUUCCUUGUUGUGCCACUAUUAGAACAAAUGUCAUUCAUUCUUUCUUAAAAUGGCAAUCUAAAAUGAGAAUCACCAAAUUGACUUUCAUUUCUCUGUAACCACAUAUGUACAUGGUCAUGCUAUGAUAGACAUGUUUUCUCACAUGCAUUUAUUCAGAAAGUAAUCCCACUGGCCUACUUUACUCAUCUUCUGUUUAUGAUUGAUUUUUUUUUUAAGGCCUUUUAAACUUUUAAGUCUUUUUGAGGAAUUUACAAAUCUCCCCUUUAGACAGUGCUUGAUCAGCUUUUCCAAAGCCUCAUUGCUGCUUUGAGUGCAUUUUGACAUGCUUUGCCCCAUUCAUACAUUUCCUAGAAAGCCAUCUUCAAAAAUACUCUCUAGUCUGUUGUUUUUCAUGAAGGUAGUAAUGUAAGGUAAGUUAGCAGCUGGGUGAAAAUCAUGAGCAGUUGUAUUGCUGUGGAUGGCACAGUCUGUGCAUAACUUAGCAAUACAUGAAUUCAUGUCAAAUAUAUCUUCUGUAUAAAUUCCCUUUGGAUAAAGUUACUUCUUGGUGUAA